CCAGGAAGUGACUAGGUAUUGCCGGUGGCUGAGUGUCGCGAAAGAGAGUUUGAUGAAGAUGAGCAAGGAUUUGUGUCACCAGCCUGGCACGGGAGCUGAACCAGUGAUGGAACCUACAGCGUCAGGUGUUUUUUGUAGCAGAAUUCGAAAUAUGGUGAACGCUGAAGACGUAAAUGCCAUUAUUCUGGCUCAGAGGCACAUGCUUGAUCGGUUUGAAAAAACCAAUGAAAUGCUACUCAAUUUCAACAGCUUGUCCAGCACAAGACUGCAGCAGAUGUCUGAUCGAUUUGUACAUCACACCAGAACAUUAGUGGAGAUGAAAAAGGACUUGGACAUCAUCUUCCGGAGAAUCAGGAUGUUAAAAGGCAAACUGGCAAAACAAUAUCCAGAGUCUUUCAGCUGUGUUCAUGAAUCGCCCAUCUCAGAAGAUGAUGAAGAUUUUGACCCAACUCCCAAAAGUGGAGCAACCACCAUUGCCACAUCAGAACAGAGCACCGAGUCCUGUGACACCAGCCCUUCUAUUAUUUCUCCAACCAUGAGCCAAGACUUCGAGGACUUGUCACAGGCCCCUUCUGACACUCCAUCCGCUAACGGUCAGCUCCUCACAGAUGAUGAAGUGGUCCAUGACGACUAAUGGUCUGAAGUGGGAAAGGAAGUUGAGGGACACAGUUGGGGUUGGAGGCGUUUCUUAACCCCCAGUACAAUUAAGUAGCCCACUAUUUGACAAUGGGUUUGAUUUCGGACGAGAUGGACAUGCUGUGCUCUGAAGUAAUGCAGAGAUAUACAUGGUUCAUUAUGAAGGCACAAGGUGGAGAGAUGCCCUGUCUAAAGCUGAGCACACUUUAUCCUGUGCCCUCAGCUGGUGUGGUUUGCAUGAAAUGUCCUGUGCUUACUAACCAUUUUCCAGUGGUCUGUUUACAUAUGUUUUAAAUUAUAAAUACCUCCCCUCGCUUUUUACUAUUUUAUUUACACUUUUCUUCUUAUGUAUCCCUUCAGUUUUGUCUUUUUUUUUACCAUCUAAAUCUUUGCUGAAUUGCAAUGUCCUCGUUCCUUGUAUUUAUUGAACUUCCUUGAGGGUCAUAGCACCUUAAGGUUUUCAGGAUAGCACUUACAAUAUAGCUCACUUAUCCACAACCUUCAUAGUUACUAUUCUUGCUAAGAGAGACACCGUAAAACUUGGUACCCAUAACUCUUCAUCUAUAGAAAACCAGAUCAUGUGUUUGUCAUGUAGCAUUUGGGCCACAUUUGGCAACCACUGAGUGUAUUUAUGUAACACCGUUAUAUUCUAAAGAAGGAAAUUCUACUUAUUUAUUUGACAGAAACAUACAAGGUUUUGUUAAAAGAAAUGAAAUGUGACCUUUUAAGUAAAAAAAAAAAUGUAGGAAAACUAUUUUUUUGUUUGCAAUGUGUAUGCUACAGAAAACCCAAGCACAUUUGUAAGUUGUGAAGGAAAAUAUGUUUUCUCUUUUACAAGCAGCAAUUCCUUAAAUCCAAAUACUGUAAUUAUGCCAUGGAAAGAAAAAUAACCAUUUCUAAUAAAAUAACGUGCAGACUG